GUGAAAUUAGCCAAUGAGAGACGUACCCAGACAGUUCCGGGUACAUGACGUCUUAGUGAGAUUAAACAAUGAGCAACGUGUCCAUCGAGAUAAGGGGCUGGUGAGUAAUGAAAAAUCGUGAUAUGUACGGGUCCGUGAUGUCUGAGUGACGUUUGUUUAUUCUUUGUUUAAAACGGAGAGGAUUUGUUUUAUAGUAAUAUAUUUAAAAUAAUGGUAGUAAUAAAAAAUUUUAAUGAAUGAAAAUAAAAACAGUCAUAAAAUAAAAUAAAAAAUUAUGAUUAUAUUAAUUAUAAUACAGCGAUUAACGUGUGUUUGUUGAUGGUAGUGUACUGUAGGUUCUAUAAAAUAGAGGAAAAUUUUAGGUAAGAGCAUCAGUUUGCUCAACUACAUCGUGGUAAAUUUCAACUCUCGUCUCUUCGAAAUACUGUUAUAUAAUUCUGCAAGAAUGAACUUCUAUAUGCCAACAACCGAUCUCACCGACUUCAAGAUCACCGAGAAGGCAAAGGCGACUAUGCAACGCGUUAUGCAGCCUACCAAAAAACAGAAAGUUGAAAUUGGGCCAAAUGCUAGCGCAUCGUUCACGCCAACACUACAACCUAUUAUGGAGAAUGCAGAAACUGUCAUGGCAACCAAACGUAUCCAUUUAUCGAAAGAGAGACAUGUUGUCGCACAGAGAUGGAACGGGAAAACAUAUAUCUGCAUUCGCGAAUACUACCGAAAAGAAGACCGUGGAAAAUUUUUCCCUAGUAGAAAGGGAAUUAAUCUUUCUAUGAAUCAAUGGUAUCAAAUGCUAUGACGAUUUUGACUAAUUAAGUUGAAGAUAUGCUACAAGAGAUCAACGGUACAGAUGAAUGUGGUGUUGGAACGGAUUAUAACGACAAUGGGAAACAUCCCGACGAAACAAACAAUGAUGAAAAUACCAAGCGUCACAAGAUUAUCAACAAUGUUUUAGUUGCCCCUGAUUGUUCAUGCACGUGCUAGACUGGGAUGUGUGAAAUAGGCGUAUAUCGACACACUUGUCCCGGAUGUUCAUACUGCUUAAGCCCGAAUGAUGGAGAUAACGGAUGGUAGCAACCAAUACAAUUUGACUAUGUUAAAUUAUUAAAGUCGAAUUCAAAAUGAAAGAGGAAACACGCAGAGGAAGAAAAAUAAAAAUUUGAUGGUACAAAUUUCCGACAGCCAGUACAAAUGAUUUUAAUACUUAUGCGGAUUAAUAAAAAUUACUUUAAAACUUGAUUACAAUUGUGCUGGUAAAUGAAGAAUAUAUAAGCUCUUCUUGUCAAUGUGAAAUCAUUCACUUUUUCGAAAUUAUCGAACUCUACGAGUGUUGCUUUAUCAACCAUGGCUACCUGAUUUUCUUUUAACGAUGAACCAAUCAUUAUUAGUAGCAGCAGCAGCAGUGAGGAUGGGCUUCCCGCUAUCGACCUAACGUCUUACAACGAACCAAUCAUUAUUAGCAGCAGCAGUGAGGAUGAGCUCCCCGCUAUAAAUUUUUCAUCGAUUAAUGAAGAAACAAUUGUUAUCAGCGACGAUGAAAUCAUUGUUAUCAGUGAUACGGAAACACCCGUUUUCGAUCUGGAACCAAUCAAUCACCUUACUGAAGACGAAAUCAUAUAUAACCUGAUAUACAACUUUCAUGACUACCACCACUACCUGGCGACGAACCCCGAUAACUUAUACGACGAUAGUGUUUUUGAUCAAGAAAAACAUGCUGAGAUGAUGGCGAAAGAAAUUUUAGAGACUAUCUACAUAGAAGAAUUUUUGCUUUCACUCAGAAAUUUAAUAAAACUAGAAUGCUACGGCUGUGAAUUUGACCGGCCAAGCCAAAUUGAUCAUGACAUAUGCCUGAUGAUGACACCCCACGAGCAGAUGACGAUGUUUUUCGAGAAAAUAUUAUACGAAGAUUAUAUUGACGAUCAAGUUCUGUAUGAUUUGUGGCUUGAUCAUCAAGGCCUUAUUUCUUGCGAAAAUACUUUUCAUAAUUUUUUACUGUUAAUUCAAGCAGAUAUUCAUUUGUUUGAAAAACUUUUAAAUGCAUGGACAUCAUGGUAAAUGAAGAAUAUUUUUCUUUCAACGAUGAACCAAUCAUUAUUAGUAGCAGCAGCGGCAGUGAGGAUGUGCUUCCUGCUAUCGACCUAACGUCUUACAACGAACCAAUCAUUAUUUGCAGCAGCAGUGAGGAUGAGCUCCCCGCUAUAAAUUUUUCAUCGAUUAAUGAAGAACCAAUUGUUAUCAGCGACGAUGAAAUCAUUGUUAUCAGUGAUAUGGAAACACCCGUUUUCGAUCUGGAACCAAUCAAUCACCUUACUGAAGACGAAAUCAUAUAUAACCCGAUAUACAACUUUCAUGACUACCACCGCUACCUGGCGACGAACCCUGAUAACUUAUACGACGAUAGUGUUUUUGAUCAAGAACAACAUGCUGAGAUGAUGGCGAAAGAAAUUUUAGAGACUAUUUACUUAGAAGAAUUUUUGCUUUCACUCAGAAAUUUAAUAAAACUAGAAUGCUACGGCUGUGAAUUUGACCGGCCAAGCCAAAUUGAUCAUGACAUAUGCCUGAUGAUGACACCCCACGAGCAGAUGACGAUGUUUUUCGAGAAAAUAUUAUACGAAGGUUAUAUUGACGAUCAAGUUCUGUAUGAUUUGUGGCUUGAUCGUCAAGGCCUUAUUUCUUGCGAAAAUACUUUUCAUAAUUUUUUACUGUUAAUUCAAGCAGAUAUUCAUUUGUUUGAAAAACUUUUAAAUGCAUGGACAUCAUAAAUAUUACCAGUAUUUUGUGUUGUUAAGCAAAUUCAAGUUUUAUAAUAUUAUUUAUUUAUUUUUAUUAAUAAUACUUUUAUUGCUGUUAAAAAAUUGUAAAUAUUAUUUGUUCAUUAUUUAAUAAUUUCAUUCAUUUUAUUAAAAUCGUAAUUUUUGUAAUUUAUUAAUUUCAUUCUUUGUAAUAAUGUGAAAGUCUGUUUGGUGAAUUGUUUUGUAUUAAUUAAAAUAUAGUAUUUGAAGAAAAUUUUAAAAUGGUUAUUAGUCUUCGAUUUAGUUGUCUCGUUUCAUUUGAAUGAGUGAGAGUGUACGGAAUUGAUGAGAAAUUGAGAAAAGCGUAUUACGAUCCUAAGCAUCCAGGCAGUUUUGGGGGUGCAGAACGACUUUAUCAGAGUGUGAAAAGCGAGUUAAAUAUUAAUAAAAAACAAGUACAAGAUUGGUUGAACAGACAAGAUACAUACACAUUACAUAAGCCUAUUCAACGACGUUUCAAUAGAAAUAGAGUAUACGUAACAGCUAUAGACAAACAGUGGGAAUUGGAUCUCGUGGACCUAACAUCAAUAAAACGUUACAAUAAACAAUUUAAAUUUCUCAUUACAUGUAUCCAUGUAUUAUCGAAAUAUGCGUGGGCUAUCCCUAUUAAGAACAAAUCUUCCGAUACAAUAUUGGAUGCUAUGAAAAAACUACUAUCCGGUAAAAGAAAACCUUUAAAAAUUCAUACAGAUAAGGGUUCAGAAUUUACAAACAAAAAGGUUCAAGCAUAUCUUAAAUCGCAAGACAUACAUUUCUUUACGACAAACAAUGAAACAAAGUCUAGUGUUGUUGAGCGUUUUAACAGGACAUUAAAAACGAGGAUGUGGCGAUAUUUCACGUCUAAAGGAACCAAUAAAUAUAUCGAUGCGCUGCCCAAACUUGUUUCUAGUUACAACAGUUCAAAACACAGAUCUAUUGGCACAGCGCCUACACUCGUUACAAAAGAAAAGGAACAUGAUGUAUGGCAAACUCUAUACGGAAACAAGCAACAAGUCAAGAAACAAAGGUUAAGGUUUAAAAUCGGUGAUCAAGUUCGUAUUAGUAGAUAUAAAAUGCUUUUUGAGAAAGGUUAUCUAGCAAACUGGUCGGAAGAAAUAUUUACAAUAUCCAAUCGUAAAGGAACGCCUGCUCCAACGUAUGAAGUAAAAGACUGGAAUGGAGAAGAAAUCGAUGGUACUUUCUAUGAGAAAGAGUUACAAAAAGUUUCUAAAACCGAUAAAGAUACCUAUCGCAUGGAAAAGGUCUUACGAAAGCGAAAACGCAAUGGUUAAAACGGAGUACUUUGUUAAAUGGUUAGGCUACCCUUCAAAAUUCAACAGUUGGGUACAGAAUCUAGUCAGAUAAGUACAAUGGCAUCGCAGUUCUAUAUUACGCUACCAAGCAAUAGCUCGAUGAAUUAUUUUCCCGAAAAUACACUAACCAGUUACACUACAAAAUUAGCCGAGCCCAUACGCCUUAGCAGACAGUGGGAAGUAGGCUUAGCCGAAAUACAAUAUUUCAUUAUUCGUCAUGCCAUGGUCAGGCCUCAACGUGUUUGGAACAAUCUUUUUGAAAACCCCGCUUCCGUUAAUGCACGGAAUUAAAGUAUUAAUAUAGGGAAUUGUGUAGAAAAAAAAAGAUCGCCUUUUGGAAUAGGAAUUUACAUUACAUUGGAAUAGGAAUUUACAUUACUAUAUACUAUUUGUGAAAACAGGAUGAGAUCACCCUAUGUAAGUUUUAUAUUAUAAUUAUUAGUAUUAUUAUUAUUAUUUAACAUCAUGACAAUCUCAACAGUUCUUUUCCGAACUAAUUAGAAAGGAGUAUUAUUAUUAACAUACGCCUACCCUCAUUAUGCUAAUUAAGGGAUUAAGU